UUCUCUCUCUCUCUCUCUGCAAUGUCCUUAGCAGAAGAAGAAACUCUUGUAACCGGGACAAAUCAUGAAGGACCUGAGUCAAUAUCAAAAAACUACCCAAGGAAACGGUCCUGCCAGCCGGAGUCGGCAUUUCGAGGAGUUCGUAGACGCAGUUGGGGUCGUUUCGUCUCUGAGAUUCGCUUACCAAAGAAGAAAACCAGAGUCUGGCUCGGUUCGUUCGUGUCGCCAGAGAUGGCCGCGCGUGCCUACGACUCGGCCGCGUUCUUCUUAAGAGGUAAAUCGGCUACGCUCAACUUUCCUGAGUCGGCAGGUUCGCUCCCUCAACCUCUCUCAUCGUCACCUAGAGAUAUACAGUUAGCCGCCGCCAAAGCUGCUCUUGACCCGGUGACGAACCAGGGUAGAAUGGCGAUGGUCCAACCGGGGUCUUGUAACGGUUCUGAAUCAAGCUCGGACCAUUGGUGGGGACAAGAUGAAGAGCUUAUGAGCUUGUUUGAAGACGUGAAAGAGGCUCCUAUCCACAGCCCGUUGAGGUUAGAUUCAAUGGCUCUAGAUUUCUUUUCGGGCGAAAUUCUUGAUGAAAACGGGUUUUCCAUUUCGUCUCUUCAAGAGUGGUGAUUUGGUGGAUUUGGAUCCUCUUCGGCCCCUCCAACGUGCAUCCGAUGGUUAUGGGAAGCUGUAUGCACCCAAGGCCUUCCUAAUCAUUCGAUGCAUGAUUGGAGAGGAUCUAAACGCAUACUUAAGUUGUGUUUGAUAUGUAUUUUCAGGAUAGAUUUUGGGUCUGAUUUAGAAUACAUUCUAGAUCUAAAAUCUAUUUUAAAAAUGCAAAACAAACACAACCUUAGUGGUAUUACUCUUAUAUUCUUACCUUAUAUUAGUUCUAGCAUAGCACUAGGCUGGACCUGCUUUUCCAUGGCUAUGGGGAUUUUUUUUUUUAUGUCCUUAAUGCCCCUCUAUGAUCUGGAUUUCGGUGUUUGUUUGGUUAAAUAUAUAAGUUUACAUAGGUACCCUUACUGAUGCCAUUUUGCAAUGGUUUUGUGGAUAAGUGUGUAAUGGACAUAGUCUUUGUAGUAUUUUAUUAGGAAAUAAAAAUAGUAACUAUAUGAAGAGUGUUUGAUUCA